CGCAUUCUCAACUUUUCCAAUCACAGUCUGAUAGACCCUCAACCGCGCGCCCUCCGCCGUCUCGACGCCCUGUGAUGGUGCCCUUUGGCGCAUGGCCUCGCUGAGAGGCACUAUACCUACUCUACUACCAGCGUAGACUGGUAGCCAGUCCUUUCCCGCCGCCGCGUAGAAGCAACGCAAUAGCGGCCGCGCGGCGACACCAUCCCAGCAUGGCGCCCUCCAACAUGUUCUCCUACCUUAGGCCCGGCCACGCAAAGCGUAAUGCCUCGAGUCUGGCAUCCCCAGAGCCUGUCUCUAGUCCCGCCGCCUAUCCUAUACCCUCGCCCUCGCAUACCCCCGAGUACCUCUCGUCGCCGCGCUUCAACGACAAUGCCAGCUACACGUCUAGCUCGCCCAUAUCGCCGUUUCCCCCACAAUUACCACCCAUUACGCGUGUUGCCUCGAAGCUGGACAAGUCGGCUUCUACCAACAGCUCCCAAUACACGCCCAGUCAGCUUUCAUCGAGAACUGGUGGAAGCAGUCAGCAACGAGGGAUGUUGUCUCCACCACAGAGGGCACAGGAACAACUGUCGCCGAGCUAUGAGAACAAACCUCUCUCUGCGCGGUCAACCAUGGGUAGCACGCCAACAGGCCUUGGUGCGCCGGAACUGAGCCUGCCCCAAAACAUGGACUACCCGCAGCGGUCAGAGGCUCCCUCACAGUCUUCAACACAUUUGACACGGCCGGUGCUCGCCCCAAGCAACUCGAGCUUCUCGAAAUCGCAGGUAUCAUUGAUUAGUGGCCUCGGCGAGAAGCUGACGGGCAACUCGAAGGCUACAACCGCACCCACUGCGGCGCCCGCCAAGGGGAGGUCGAGACUCACCCUGCGGAAUCCCAUGUCUCUUCUGAUGCGGCGGAGAUCUGGACAGACGUUGGAUCCACUAUCAGAUGAAUCGCUCGUCACCCACCGCGCACCUGCAGUCGUCCAGCCUAUGCUUGACAAUUACGACCCCAGCAUCCGAGGCCACAUUGUCCACGACUUCAACGCGCCUAGAAUCAAUAGAAACUUCUCAUACAACAAUGCAUACACGGAAAACCAAGCACCACAAGACUUGGGUCGUGUCAGUCCCCCCAAGAUAGAUAGGGAGCAUACGCCUGUCUUCCGGGAGCAUUUUGACGAUGAUACGAGUUAUGAAGAAUCACAGGCUGCUAUAAGAGCCGAGCAAUUGGUAAACAAAGAUUUUCUCGCAAGGAAUUCGGUACAGUUUGCACCACCCGAACCGUCACCUCCACCGCCUGCACCCUUACCCAAGGAUUCCCCGCCUCCACCACCAGAUACAUACUUAUCCAAGCCUCGGCCGCCAUUUCAGGCAUUCGGUAACAGUCACCCCGUUAUCACAUCUUCGGUUCUAUCCCCAGUACAGGAAACGUCUAGUCCAACAGAUGCAUCCACUGAAGUCACACCUAGGAAGCGAAAGUCUACAAGAACACCACCUUCAGCACGUUCAAGAGCUACUUCGGUUACAGAUCCAUCGUUCCAGCCUGCUGGAUUACCUGCACACUUUAGUAGUAGAGCGUCUAGAUUCAGCUUCCAGAUACCCGGUGGCAGUGACUCUACGCAAGAAAAGCUAAUGGAAGAGAGGCACAAAGCGAAAGAGGCCGAGAAAGCGGAGAAGCAGGUUCGUAUGUCUACAAAUACGAUCGAAGAUGACUACGAUGAAUACGGCAUGGAUGACUACGAUAUGGACGACGGCUUUGACGAGGAGAUUCCCAUGCUCGGUGAAGAGGAUGAUUUUGGAGGCCUCGGAGAUCAGACACUAGACUCUGGCAUCAACGCCUUUGACUUCUCGACUUUAUCGAUACAGCCUGGGAUGAACAGCCUUUUGAGCCCAGUGAACCCAUCCGGGCAGCUUCAAACACCGGUUGAUCUGCACGGUAACCCUAUUGGGUUUGCCAUGUCUGAAGCGAUGCUUCAGCAGUAUCAACUUCAGGCGUUCAGUAGUCAACCCAGCGGACAAGAUGUCUCAGGCCACGAUACACAUGGGCUAGGGUCGAUUGGCUUCCAAAAUGAGCUUGGCGAUCCUUCCCCAUCCCAUCUCUUCGAUGCGCCUACAGGCCCUGGUCACACUGAACACAAUGAGCCGAGCCCAGGUAACAAUGGCCUCGACGAUGACAUGUACUUCGACGACGGUCUCAUCGGUGAUCAGGAAGACGGUGAUGCCGCAGAGUUCGACGAAACCGUUUUUGAUGAUCCCAAUGGGCCACUGUACGAGAAGAAAGUCAAGUUUACGCCAGUGUUAGACGCAGCCAGUCCACCUGUACUCCGCCCUCCGGAGCUCUUUAGUUCAGAGACAGACUACGACGCGGAUGACGACGCCGUUUUUAAGCAGCUGGAGAAGUCUGAGCCUUCGCUGGCCCACAAGACGUCUGUUGCGGCGCAACACACGUUGCCCGACUUCAACAACAUGGAUGCCUACCAUGGCGCACUCGCUGAUGCUGCCAACCGUGCUGAAGCUGCCGGACGUUUCGCUAGAAAAGCGAGUACUGAUGCAGGACAGCCCAGGUCUGAUGUUGACGACUUCUCAUUGAGCAACUCGCGCCCCAGCCUGGUCCCUGAUGACGGUCGCUUCAGUUUAGACACAGAUGUUUUCCCACCGGACGAUGACGGUUUUGGCAUGAGCUCUAGCUAUGUUGAUGACUACGACUAUAGCGAUUUUGACUCGGCGCUAGAAGACGACCCCAUAAUUGCUGCUGCUAAUGCUGAGGCAUUGGCAUACGAUGACGAAGGCUUUUAUGGGCAAGAGUUUGGCUUCUAUCCGUCUGCAGUUGGUGAAGCACCGAGCGCCUGGGGCGGUUUCUUUGGACCUUCUGGCCUCGGUCGUACUGUCAGUGGCCGUAAUGCUGUGCGAGAGCCAAACUUAACGCCCAUUACGGAGCGCAGCGAAUACAGCACACGCAACUCGUUCAUCAGUCUGAAUCACUUCCGCGACGGACAGCAACCGAUUCAGAGUCCUGCUCUAGCACAACUUGCACGAAUGAGUCCGUAUGGAUGGCCGGAAGAGGAGGAUAUGAGCCUUGACUCCCUGAUAAAACUACGAAAAGGCGCGUUUGGUGGAAGUGCUGCCAGCCUACCGGGUAGCACGUCACAAAGUCCGCGUAAUUCAUCGCCAAUGGGCAUGCAGCUCUACCCGAGAACAGCUAGUGCUGCAGGCAAUCGCAUGAAAGAGCACAACGAAAGCGAGCUUGAAAGCGACGAGUCCGCAAAUAUCACGGAUGACUUGGAAGGCAAUGAAGAAGAAGAUGACGAGGGAUUGAUGGAUGCUGUCAAUGCGGUCUACGACGACGACGACGAAAACGAGGAUAGCGAUGGGCAUGAGCGACCUGGAAGCCCAACGCUCACAGCCAGCGAUUAUAAGUCGCUCUCACGCCCAGCCAGCCACCUCUUUGCAACAGACAACCCACUACUUCCUCCGAUAUCAGAACUACAUGCUCAGCAUAAUACGCAGUCGCCGUUGCAUAGCGCCCUAGCCUCUCCAUCUGAUAUACCCCUACCCAUGUCACCAUAUGGCGUGCCUCUAAGCUCACCAUUCGUGCCUCAACAAAGAAUGUCAUUGCCUCCGUCAAUAGACACCUCUGUCUCAUCGCCUUCGGCGACUGCCUCCACAUCCACUGCUCCUCGCCGCCAGUCUAUGGGCCUCAUAUCCCCUAUCUCGAACUCCUCGCCAAUAACGCCGAGCGGGAGUGGAUGGCGAGGCGGUCAUUCGCGAAAGGGAAGUGCGGCGGACAGCGUUACUUAUGUCAGGGAACAUGACGAAGCGGGAGAGGGGAGAUGGGUACUGGAGCGUAGACGAACGGCUGAGAGUGGGGAGUUGGAAUUAAUUGGAAGGGAAAUUGUUGAGGGUGGGAGAAUUUAAGUUCCCAUUGAUCAUUGAGAGUUUUCGGGCGACUAUUCUUAAUCGUCUGCCCUUGGGCUGUUUUGGAGAUGCCCCUGUUUGGGUUUCAAUGUUUGCAUUGCUGGCGUUUGAGCGAUUGGAAUACUUGACGUAUGCGUCAUGAGUAGAGGCUGGACCUUUUGGGCAUUUUUUGUAUGAGACUUAGAUACCUCAGAUAUUAGAUGGAUGAUAUUGUUAAAUCCCAUCUGGGCAGCCAUGUUUGGCAUCACUAUAUGAUAACACGAUGCCCGCGGGUAAGGCGCCCUCAUAAGCGCUACCAGGCGGAUAUAACCGAAGCUCUCACCCCACGGGUUACGUCCGGAG